AUGGUUUGCCACACCCUAUGCUGUGGUUUCAGCACAGGGCACCAGCCCUGGCCAAUUCUGAGUAAAUGUGCAAUAUUUUACCUCAAUGGUGCUGAAGGAAAGCAGAAGUCAGUGUCAAGGAAGAAAUGUGCUGCCUGCAAGAUUGUGGUUCACACACCCUGCAUUGAGCUUCUGGAGAAAAUAAGUUUUAGAUGUAAACCAACAUUCCGGGAGUCUGGGUCACGUAACAUUAGAGAGCCCACGUUUGUACGGCACCACUGGGUUCAUCGGAGACGGCAAGAGGGGAAGUGCAAGCAGUGUGGUAAGGGUUUUCAGCAGAAGUUUACUUUUCACAGUAAGGAGAUUGUUGCGAUCAGCUGCUCCUGGUGUAAACAGGCAUAUCACAACAAGGUGACCUGCUUCAUGCUACAACAGAUUGAGGAGCCGUGUACGCUGGGCGCUCAUGCUGCUGUCAUUGUUCCCCCAACAUGGAUCAUACGGGUCAGACGAGCACAGAACUCACUGAAGUCAAGUAAAAAGAAAAAACGGACAUCGUUUAAGAGGAAAUCUAGCAAGAAAGGAGCCGAGGAAGGAAGAUGGAGGCCCUUUAUCAUAAAGCCCAUCCCAUCCUCUCUGAUGAAACCGUUGUUGGUGUUUGUCAAUCCCAAAAGUGGUGGAAAUCAGGGAGCCAAGAUUAUCCAGUCGUUCAUGUGGUAUCUGAACCCAAGACAAGUGUUCGAUAUGUGUCAAGGAGGUCCCAAGGAGGCGUUAGAGCUCUACCGGAAAGUCCAGAACUUACGGAUCCUGGCCUGUGGAGGUGAUGGCACUGUGGGAUGGAUUCUGUCCAUUUUGGAUCAACUACAGCUGAACCCCCAGCCUCCUGUGGCGGUGCUUCCUCUGGGAACAGGAAAUGAUCUCGCGAGGACCCUGAACUGGGGUGGGGGAUACACGGACGAGCCUGUUUCCAAGAUCCUGUCUCACGUGGAAGAUGGCAACAUUGUGCAGCUGGAUCGGUGGAACCUGUAUGUGGAGAGAAAUGCGAGCGCGGUUCCUGACGAACGCGAUGAAACAGCUGCAGAGAAGCUCCCCCUCGAUGUCUUCAACAACUACUUCAGCCUUGGAUUUGAUGCCCAUGUGACUCUGGAGUUUCAUGAGUCCCGAGAGGCCAAGCCUGAGAAAUUUAACAGUCGCUUUAGAAACAAAAUGUUCUACGCUGGGACGGCAUUUUCAGAUUUCCUAAUGCGAAGCUCCAAAGACUUAGCCAAACACAUCAAGGUGGUGAGCCGUGAGAUCGGGUUUUCAACAAUUGUACGAUUGGCAAGGAGAGGAGUUGGCUGGCCAUGGAGCCCGCUGACAGGAGACUGUAACUUUAUGACCAAACAUCACCUCAUUAAUGUCUCAUCAACAGCAAUGUACUGUGCGGGUACAGUGCCAUGGGGAAAUCCAGGCGAGCAUCAUGAUUUUGAGCCGCAGCGUCAUGAUGAUGGUUGCAUCGAGGUGAUUGGCUUCACCAUGGCAUCGUUGGCUGCCCUGCAAGUUGGUGGACAUGGGGAACGGCUCAACCAGUGCCGUGAAGUGAUACUAACGACGUACAAGUCAAUCCCGAUGCAGGUGGAUGGGGAGCCAUGCAAGCUCGCGCCCUCGGUCAUUCGCAUUUCGCUGCGGAAUCAGGCCAAUAUGGUCCAGAAAACCAAGAGGAGGACGUCCAUUCCACUACUCAACGAUCAGCAGACAGUACCUGAGCGUCUGAAGAUACGAGUGAAUCGGAUCAGCAUGCAUGACUACGAAGCCUUGCACUACGACAAGGAGAAACUAAAAGAAGCCUCGGUGCCCCUUGGUAUCAUCAUUAUCCCUGGCGACAGUGACCUGGAGAUCUGCCGCACCCAUAUUGAGAGGCUUCAGGAGGAUUUACCCCUGGCUCAUCCCUCCCUCCAGCGUUUGGUGCUGCAGGAGGACGAUGGCACUAAGUCGAGAACCUUGUCUUCACAGAAGUUAUCACCAAAAUGGUGUUUUUUGGACUCCACUACCGCUGACCGAUUUUACAGAAUAGAUCGAGCACAGGAACACUUACAUUAUGUGACUGACAUUUCCCAAGAUGAGCUCUUCAUCCUGGACCCAGAGCUUGUAAUCACCAAGGCAGUGAGCACCUCCCCAGGAAUGCCUGAUUUAGUUGGCUCACCUUGCUCCUUCACCUUCCCAUCAUGCUCUUCCUCACCACCAUUAUCACCUGUUCCAAGCCCUACGAGCCCUCAUUCUGACAGCGAAGCCCUUACCAGACGUCACAAGAAGUCUCUCUUCUCCUCACACUCUGGUUUCCCCUUUCCUGUGAAGAAGAGAAUUUUGGAUUUGCAGAAAACAUCCCAGAGGAAGCGUAUUUCUAGCGACAGUUCGGUUGCUGAGGCACUUGCCCACAGUGAGUCGCUCAGAGUGUCAAAGCCUUUGCUCAGCAGGACAGGUGCCAAGAUAGCCAGUGUGCAUCGAUCGAACACAACAGCAGCAGACUUUAAACCAACAUCUGUACCAGCGUUGACACAGGGACUAUUGUCAAGCCAGGAAGCAGCACGGUAUGGACUUCAGUGUGGCACUCCCUGAGAAAAUUUGACAUUUCCCUUUUGACCGAUUUUAAUAUCAGAGUGUGCACUUUCUUUCCCUGCCCUGUGUUUUGCGAUGCUAAAGCGGCUGACCUAUGACAGCAUCGUUUCAGUUAUAAAUGGUAAACAGCUGGCAGCGUAAACCUGGGCUUGGAGAGUCACAAGUGAAUUUCUUUUCCUUUCGGUAAUUGUUUGGAAGAUUAUCAUGCACGUUUUCUGCUAGCUCUUCCGAUCAGCAUUUGUCUAACACUGCAUUAUUGUGCCCACUAUUAUGUGCCAGGCAUUCCAGCUCUCACGGAGACAGCUUCAUUUAUGUAGUCUGGGUGAUCUGCUACUGAGAACUCACCACAGGACUGAUUGGAAAUUGGCUUGUAAUAAAUUUAAAGCCUGCUGAUAAAAAAUGAA